AUGAGCAGUGCUGGUGAGUGCAGGGCCCACGGGGGGCCUGGGUGGGGAGGGCAGGCGCUGCCUGAGACCGAGACCAACGAGACCAACGCUACCUCGUCCUGUGCAGGGUGCGGCCCCACCCGGGGGCUCCGGACCUUGGGAGGCCCUGUGGGGGCGGCCCUGCUCGGCACCCUCUGGUUCCUGUGGCUGCUUCAGUCGCGCCCUGGGGCGGUCCCGGCACCCCGGCCCAUGCUCACCAUCCUGGUCUGGCACUGGCCCUUCGCCGAGCGCCCGCCGGAGCUGCCCCACAACACCUGUGCCAGCUUCGGCGUGGCCGGCUGCCACCUGAGCACCAACCGCAGCCUGCUGGCCCACGCCGACGCCGUGGUCUUCCACCACCGCGAGCUGCAGAUGCGGCAGGCCCGCCUGCCCCUGGCCGAGCGGCCCCCGGGGCAGCCCUGGGUGUGGGCGUCCCUGGAGUCGCCCAGCCACACGCACGGCCUGGGCCGCCUGCGUGGUGUCUUCAACUGGGUGCUGAGCUACCGGCGUGACGCCGACAUCCCCGUGCCCUACGGCCGCCUGGAGCCCCGCGCCGGGCCGGCGCCGCCGCUGCCGCCCAAGAGCAGGGUGGCCGCCUGGGUGGUCAGCAACUUCCAGGAGCGGCAGCGGCGCGUGCAGCUGUACCGGGCGCUGCGGCAGUACCUGCGCGUGGACGUGUUCGGCCGGGCCAGCCGGCGGCCCCUGUGCGCCGACUGCCUGCUGCCCACGCUGGGCCGCUACCUCUUCUACCUGGCCUUCGAGAACUCCCAGCACCGGGACUACAUCACCGAGAAGUUCUGGCGCAACGCGCUGCUGGCCGGCGCCGUGCCCGUGGUGCUGGGGCCCCCGAGGGCCACCUACGAAGCCUUCGCGCCGCCCGAGGCCUUUGUGCACGUGGACGACUUCAGCUCGCCCCGCGCGCUGGCCGCCUUCCUGGCCGGCAUGAACGAGAGCCAGUACCGGCGCCACCUGGCCUGGCGCGCCCAGCUCCGCGUGCGUCUGUUCGCCGACUGGCGGGAGCGCUUCUGCACCAUCUGCACCCGCUACCCACACCUGCCCCGUGGCCAAGUCUACCAGGACCUGGAAGGCUGGUUCCGGGCCUGA